GGGGUCAGAGUCUACGUGGUGAGGUCUAGAACCACUAACCCGGUUGUACACUUAUCACCAUGGUUGGGACCCGUAGUGGGUUAGAGACUAGCCCCUAUAGUAAGGAGCAUCAAGAAAAGAUGGCCGCCUUAGUCAAAGAGAACAGGGAGAGAAAAGAGUGUGAGAAGCAAGCGAAGCUAAAGGCUAUCGCAGACGAGCAGGCGGCAAAGAUGAAGAGAUUGGAGGACGAGAUGAAGAGAGUACAACAAGAGGAGGAAGAAAGAAGAAAAGUUGCCGAAGCAGAAUCGGCAGCCGAAGAAGAGAAAGAGAGAAUGAGGAUUGAGAGUGGAGAAGGAAGCAGUGGUGGCACGAUGAAGAGGGAGACAUAUAUUGAGAUGGAGAAGAAAAUCAGCGAGUGGGUUGCUAAUUUGUCGUUGGGUGAAGAGGAGGAGGCAGAGUCCUAUGUGACUGAGGAUGAGAGGGCUGCGCUAGCUAGUGAGCUAGCAACAAUGACAGAUCCUAUGGAAAGGCGAGAAAGGGAGGAGGAGCAGAAAUUGGCAUGGAAGUUGAGGAUGAAGCGAGAGAAGAAGAGGAGGAGAGAGGAAGUGAGUAAAAUGACUGCAGAGGUAGCGAAGGUGCAAGCGUGCAGGCAGGAGGUGUUGGCCCAGCCGGAUGAUAAGGCCAAGUGGGACAAUGUACUGGGGUACCUGGAAGUGUUGAGCAAGGCCUGGAUGGAAGAGCGUCAGGCUAGCUGGAGCCAGGAUGUAGCCUUAAGUGCCAUGCGGUCAGGGUUUAGAGACUUUGCGCGAGAGAUCAUCACCUACAUUGGGGGCAAAGUCAAGCAAUUGAGAGACAAUGUAGGGCAGUUUUGUGAGGGCGCCAUUCAGGGUGCCAAAGCUGUAGCCGCUGCAGAGGGAGAGGCCAGACCCCGUAAGGACCCAGUGAAACUUAAGUUCCCAGAUGCGUACAGGGGAAAGAAGGAAGAAAACUUUGACAACUGGGAAGCCAGUGUCAAUAGUUAUAUUUAUUUACAACACAUCCUGAUUGAGAAACAAGUCCUCGUGGCCUUCCAGGCCCUCAAAGAUGAAGCGGCUAGUUUCGCCAGGUCUCUUGCGUGUACAGCCGGUUGUGAAAACAACCUGGUUGCAUAUUCCAAAGUCACCCCUCUUUCCCAAUUCCUCAAGCUCCUCAAGGAGCGUUUCGUUGACCCAACGCGAGGCAUUAGAGCCUCUGACAAGCUGCAAACGAUCCACUCACGACAGUGGAGGAGUGCCAGGGCACUCAAGGGUACCAUGGACGACUUAGUGGCCGUCCCGGACCAUGGGGUCACCGAGACCCAGUUGGUCCAAUUGUUUUACCGUGCCAUACCAGAGGCCCUGCGUGGGCAUUUCUUUGAUAAGUCUCAACAGGCCGACAUCACAUAUGAUGCAUUCAGUAGGGAAGUCGUCCUGUAUGAGCCAAAGUCUAUGCCAAUUACCACCUUCUGGCACAAGGACUUGGAGAAGGGAAAAGGGUGGAAAGGGCAUACCAUCUCUGGCCAAGUCAAGGCCAAGGAUCAUAUGAUCCUUACCUUAGAGGAAGGUGGUACCGAUGAGGUCCCAUACAGUCAGAUAGAGUGGGGCCUCGAGGAUGCCGACAGUAGUGUGGGGCAUGGGAGGUCCUAUGUUGCUGUCGCGGUUGGAGUGAAGCCGCAAGGUAGAGGAGGAGGCCAGGGCCAAAGGGGCCAGGCCAUGGGAGGCCGUGGGCCGGGCGCACAGGGGGUUGGCGGACAGGGAAACCGCCAAGCGGGAGGUAGGGGUCAAGGUCCCCCGUUAAAUCGCCAGGGUAAUCGGUCCCCGCAGCGAGGAGGUGGAAGGGCACCUCAAGGAGGAUGGCACCCAGGCUUGCCACAGGGCAGGCCCUGGAAAGACUUGGGCUUGGACCAACGAUUAUGGCAGGAACACGUGAACAUGGGUCAGUGCGUAUUCUGUGGUGACCUGGCGCACGUAAUAAAAUUUUGUCCUAUAGACAGGCCCGUUGGGCUGCCAAGCAGGCAAAAGGCAACCGCCAGUAGGGGUUGCAACUGCCCCUACUUCCAGGUCAUGUGGAGAAGUGAGCGCGCGCGAACAGGACACUCCCAACCCACAUGAGCCUAUGGCAGAGGUUGCAGGCCCGUGCCUAGAUAGCUGUCCAGAGACUGCUUGUGUUAGCGUCUCUUUAGGCACGUCCCUCAUAGGUGUGGCAGAAGAGUUAAAGGAAAGGAUGCCAGCCUGGGCCAAAAUGAAAAGGGAGAGUAAGGGACAACUGAUUUUGGUAGAUGUAGAGGUGUUUAGAAGUAGAGUAGGGGCCCUUAUAGACUCAGGGGCUACCUGUAGUUACAUUAGCCGUAGGGCGUUGAAGAAGCUGAGGCUAGGACUAAAGGUCUAGAAGUUAGUAGACCCCAUAGUCAGUGUCCUCGCAGACAACCGCACGAUGCGAGUUGAGGACUACGUAGAGGGAGUCCAGGCGUACUUUCGCCUAGAGAAGAAUGAAAAAGUGGAGAAAGU